AUGGAACAGCUGGUGCUCGACUGUCGCCCUACUUUGUCGACGUCACCUGUCUUGUCGUGUGGUGACCACUCUGGCAUUCCCACGUCAGGUGCACUCCUCCCUCUCCUUCCCCACCCCGACAACCUGCGCCUUCCCCAUUGUGUGGUGGAAUUCAUCUUCUCCACCAACUCCACUUCCGCGCCCCUGUCCCUUCUUGUUCCCCUGUCUCCUGGCCUCCUCCGCACACCCGCCCGUUCCCCCUGCCUCUUGGGCCACUUCCCUGUCGUCUUCAUUCCUACAUGCACAAUGGCGCACAUAGUAAGAAUCCUCACGCUUCUCGCUCUCGUCUCAGCCUGCGCCGCUAUAGUGGUGGAUGGUAACGCCGAUUUGAUCAAGGCUAAGGAGGCGCUCAAGAAGUGGGGCGAGUACAACACGUACAUGACCCUCCUCCAAUCAUCUGGUUUCGAGCCCAUCCUCGCGCGGUACAUUCAGACGCAGCCCGUGACACUUCUCGUCCCCAACGACAAGGCCUUCGCGACCCUCCCCAUGCGCGUCAAGGCACAGCUCUCCGGCUCCAAGCUCAUCAAGCUUCUCGAGUACCAGAUGAUUCUUCAGAAGCUUCCCUCCGGCUUCCUUAAGAUGGCGCAGCCCGGUUCUAAGUUCCGUACCGUGUACGGCGUAACGCUCGUGAAGCAAAAAGCAGCGCUCAAGAACACCGUGAUUCUUGGCGCGCCCGGUGCGACGAUGCCGUCGCAGAUGGCAGUGGUUACCCGAGGCGAUAUGGCGGCCGCGAAGCUCAUGCUGCUGUGCCUACACGGCACCAACAACGUCAUCCUCCCUCCCAACGUCUUCUUCUAA